AUGAAAUAAUCAUAGUAAUCUUUAAAAGGCAUUCCCAACAUUAGAACCCAAUACUAUUUAUCCUCUUCCUUAGUGGGUUCUCAAAAUCAACAAAAAAUCAAUAAAGGAAAAUCAACUUAUAUUGAUGAUACUAACAAGAGUAUAUAAUAUAUUGUAUAUUGAAGCAAAGGAAACUAAUUGUUAAAUAAAUGAGAAGAGUAAAUCUCAAAGCAUAAUAACCUAUAAGAAAAUAAAUGUUAGCAGAGAUAAUCAAAAAUCUGAUGAUUCUCACAUGCUACCUUAAUUUAAGAAAGACAUACUAAAAUCAAGAUAGUCUCAAUAGGUUAUCCAAAAGACAAAGCAGUAAUAAAGAUCUGACUCCCCCUUGAUCCCUAUUGAUAGUUUACCUCAUAUUGAGCCAUCAAAAAUUUCAACCAAAAAUGUUGGUAUAGUUUCUGCCUAUGCUGCCAAUACCCAUUAAGGAUUAAUUAGAACCUACAAUGAGGAUAGAGUAUCAAUAAUCCUUAAUCUGAUGAAACCUGCUUCGAAUACAUAUGCAGGAUAAUGGCCUUAGAGUUCAUUUUUUGCCAUUUAUGAUGGUCACGGUGGAGCUGCAUGUGCUGACUAUAUGAGAGAUAAUUUGCAUUAAUAUGUAUCUUCGCAAUUCAAUGUAGAUAAUAAAAGAAGACUGUUUUCCAUCAAACCCAAGAUUGGCUAUUUCGAGGGGAAUAGAAAAAGCUGAAAAAAACUACCUCUAAUUAGCAGAUCAAAAAGUAUUAGACAAAUCUGGCUCUUGUGCUGUUAUUGCCUUGAUUGUUGACAAAGCUAUUUAUAUUGCCAAUAUUGGAGACUCUCGCGCAAUACUCUCUCAUUAGGGCAAAUGCUCAUCUAUUACUGUUGAUCAUAAGCCCUCCUCAGAAAACGAAUAACAAAGAAUCACUAAGCUUGGUGGAUAAAUCUAUUAGGCUUAGAUUUAGAUUUCAAGCGGAGAUGUUUAAUUUGGUCCCUAUAGAGUGUUACCAGGUAGACUAGCGGUUUCAAGGACUUUAGGUGAUGCAGAAGCCAAAUUACCAAAGUAUGGGGGAAUUCAAGGAGUAAUCUCAGCUCAGCCUGAUAUAUUUCAAAUCACAGUUACUGAUCAAGAUUUCCUGAUUUUGGCUUGUAAUUUUAAUUGUAGAUCAAGGUGAUGGCAUUUUUGAUAAAAUGAAUAGUGAGGAAGUCAUCUCAAGUGCUUGGACUGUGAUCUCCCAUGAUGUUCAUCAUUUUGCUGGAAAAGCAGUUGAGAAUAUCAUGAGACAAUCCAUGUCCAGAAAAACCGUUGACAAUGUUACUGUUGUGUUCAUAGCCUUUCCAUAAUUAGAAAAAAAGUUUAAAAAACAAUAAUAAUGA